CUCUUGAACUCAAAACCCGACUUUUGCGCUUCUUUUCUCUUCAAGAUACGUCAUCAUACUCUUUCUAAGCAUCAGGGGAUAAUACCUUUCGCGCUUGCGGAACUCUCAAAUUGACAACUUCACCCAUUCACCCAUUAUUCUGCCUUACUCACAAGGUUGACACAAAAAGCCCAGCACCAUGGCCAACUUUCAGCUAUUCACAUCGCUUCGAUACGACCCUGGCUUGAUAGGCGUACCGAAGCGGCGCCUAGCCAACGCAGGAUGGAACGCCAAGAUGACUUCACCUUUCUACAUGCUAGAUCUGCACCGGGAUCGGAUGCUGCGGGCUGCCACCUAUUGGAAGUGGACCCCUGCCAUCGAGGCCAUCUCUGGAUCGGACGGCCUCCAGAGACUGACUGAGGCGAUUGAGACUUUCUUGACUCAGCAUGGAAGAGAGAAACCAUUACGAGUCAAAGUCUUGUUGACCUCAGAAGGACGCCUCACCUGCGAAGGAUCACAGGUCCCAGCGGUGCAGCUUGAGAACCUCUUCCCCGAACGGCUUCCCUCCCCAGGACAAUCGACAGGAGCGGGCUAUCCUUUGGAAGAGAAUCCUAUGACAGUAGUGAUUGAUAGCACAAAGACCACACAAUCCGAGUAUACACAUUACAAGACUACAGAGAGAAAUAUGUAUGACACAGCUCGUAGUCGAGCGAGUAUCAGCCUGGCAGAUCGCAAGGAAGUCCUUCUGGUAAACUCGAAAAACGGGUAUAUCAUGGAAGGUAGCCUGACAACCCCGUUCUUCUGGCGAGGCGGCAGAUGGGUCACCCCGCCGGUGGCUGCUAAGUAUAGUCCCGAAGGUGGGAGCGGUGGCCAAGACGGGACCACCCGUAGAUGGGCACUUGAGCGUGGAUUGGCCGUGGAAGAAGAAGUCAAAGUCGAGAGCCUUGUUGGAGGAGAGCCAUGCUGGAUCAGCAAUGGUGUCCGAGGCUUCACUUUUGGGAUCAUCAAGCUCAAUGACGCCUAAAACCUCUUGAGGUUAGAACGGAUUUACAGUCCAAACUGAGCGGGAAAACACCACGAUAUCAACGAGAUAGAUGUUGAUUGGUCGAAGUCAC